CUCCUCCCCCCCUCUCUCUCUCUCUCUCUAAAAGUCUUCUGAGCCACUCUGUAAUACAGUCCCCUACUGCCUAUACAGCAGUACUAAACAAGCUUCUCUCUCCCUGCUCUCUCUCUCUCUAUAUUGUCUCUAUCUCUCUCCAGUUUUUCUCUCUAUAGCGUCUCUUUCUCUCACUUCUUUUGCUGCAAGGUUCAGAGGUGGAGAGAGAGAGAGAGAGAGACAGCUGCGGCAGGACGAGGCAGCCAUCCAUCAUCACCAUCACGUAGAGAGAGAGAGAGAGAGAGAGAGGUGGGGGGAGAUCUCGAGAUUUGGCCCAGCGGAGAUCUUCGCGGAUCAGGGGGAGUUAAAGCAAAGGCGGCGAGAAUUAAAGGUGUCUUAGUGAGAAAAAAAUCAGUACCCUGUUUCUCUCUCAGCAGUUCUCUCUUUCUCUCUCUAGAUUUUCCUCUCUCCGGAAGUUCUGGUGCGUAAAUAUUCAUUUGUAUUGACAUGAUUAUUUAUGGCAUCAUGAAGGUUUGAGAAUCGAGGAUGUGUGUAUUGGCAGAGAUUGUGCGUUGUGUCAUUAGCUCACUCUCCAAUUUUUUAUGGUUUGGUUUGGUUUGGUUUUAGAGAGAGAAAGGAGGUCGGUGGUUUUGUCCACCGCGUGUAUUGGGCGAAUUGAAUAGAGGGAGUGAGAGGAUCCCGAGUAACGCCAUUGGUGGUUUUGUUUCACGUUUUGGUGUAUUGGCUCUCAUUUCUGCCUCUGAAACACUAUUUUCUCUCUCUGGUUGGUGAGUAGCAGAGAGAGAGAGAGAGAGAGGGAGUCUCAUUAACUGCCAUUUUUGUUUGUUUCUUUUGUUUUUCUUGUUGGGUCUACCCCUCACCUCUUGAAUUUAGAGUGAGAAAAAUGUGUGAAACUUUGGAAAUAUUGGGUGGUUUGGAAGUGGUUUUGAAUGUCUCUCACUGUGAAUAGAUAUUCAAAGUGAAUAGAUAGCGCGGUUCUGUGCGACUCCGUGAAGUGUUUUUUUUUCUGUGGUUGUUAAUACUUCAUCGUGGCAUUUUGGGACGAAAAUGAAGUUUAUGAAGUUGGGUUCAAAGCCUGAUGCAUUUCAAGGUGAUGGCAAUUCUAUCAGGUAUGUGUCAUCUGAACUUGCUACAGAUGUCACCAUAAAUGUUGGUGAAGUGAAAUUUUACCUUCACAAAUUCCCCCUUCUGUCCAAGAGCAACCGCUUGCAAAAGCUAGUACUGAAAGCAAAUGAGGAUAAUUCUGAUGAAAUCCACAUUGUUAAUUUUCCGGGUGGUGCAAAAGCAUUUGAAAUUUGUGCCAAAUUCUGCUAUGGAAUGACUGUCACUCUCAAUGCUUAUAAUGUUGUGGCUGCUCGUUGUGCAGCUGAGUACCUUGAGAUGACUGAAGAUGUUGAUCGAGGAAAUCUAAUUUUUAAAAUUGAGGUAUUUCUCAACUCCAGUGUCUUCCGUAGUUGGAAAGAUUCUAUUAUUGUUCUGCAAACCACCAAAUCACUUCUACCUUGGUCUGAAGAUCUGAAGGUAGUUGGAAGAUGCAUAGAUUCCAUUGCAUCUAAAACCUCUGUGGACCCUGGAAAUAUUAACUGGUCCUACACUUAUAAUCGAAAAUUAGCUGCCUCAGAUAAGAAUAUUGACAAUGUGAUGAAGUUUCAAGAUAAAGGUGCAUCUGUACCAAAGGAUUGGUGGGUUGAAGAUAUAUGUGAGCUGGACAUUGAUCUCUACAAGCGAGUGAUGAUUACUGUGAAGUCAAAGGGGAGGAUGAAUGGGAAAGUGAUUGGGGAAGCAUUAAAAACUUAUGCAAUUAGAUGGCUGCCAGAUUCUGUUGAGACUCUGGUUUCUGAUAAUCAUAGGUGGAGGAACAAAUCUUUAGUGGAGACAAUCAUUUGCUUAUUGCCUUCAAACAAAGGUAUGGGUUGUUCUUGUAGUUUCCUGCUCAAAUUAUUGAAGGUUGCUGUCCUGGUUGGAGCUGAUGACUCAGCAAGGGACGAUUUAGUGAAGAGAAUCAGUCUGAAAUUGGAUGAGGCUUCUGUUAAUGAUCUAUUAAUCCCAGCUCAGUCUCCCCAAGCUACCAUUUAUAAUGUUGAACUGGUGCAGUGCAUUGUGAGUCAAUUUGUGAUGCAUGAAAAGGGUAGCCGGGAAUUGGAUAUUGUAGAGAAGAACUCUUUGGGCACUGAUGACUUCGUUUUUGGGCAUGGAUCCUGGUUGAAUGUUGGUAAACUUAUUGAUGGCUAUCUUGUUGAAAUUGCCCAUGACCCAAAUCUUCCUCUUUUCAGCUUCAUUAGCUUGUCGCAGAUGAUUCCUGAGUUAGCGAGGCCAAUUCAUGAUGGAUUGUACAGGGCCAUAGACAUCUAUCUGAAGGAGCACCCAAGCAUGACAAAAUCGGAAAGGAAGAAGAUAUGUGGGCUGAUGGAUGUUAAGAAAUUGACAAUGGAUGCAUCCAUGCAUGCAGCUCAGAAUGAGCGUCUCCCACUCCGAGUCGUGGUUCAAGUCCUCUUCUUUGAGCAGGUUAGAGCAGCUGCUGGGGUUCAAGCCAUUAACACUCCCCCUGAUGCUUCACAUUCAACAACAAACACAGAAGAAGAAUGGGAAAAGACGGAGGCUGAAAGCUGUAGGUCCCUCAGGAAACAGACGAGUCAAUUGAAGAUAAAUGAUGAUGAAUUUCGGAAAAAUGGGAAGUUGACUAAGGGCAGCAAAAGCAGACGGGGUGGUGUACAAUUGCUUCCAUCUCGGUCAAGGAGAAUAUUUGAUAAAUUAUGGGUUGUGGGUAAAGGGCAAGGACAGCAAGAGAACAAGAGCUCUGAAACAUCUGGCAGUUCUCAGAGCCCAACAUCAUUGAUUCCUGGGGAGACCAAAUCCUCUAGUUCAUCUUCAAGAAACCGACGGCAUUCCAUCUCGUAAGGGGAGGGAUUUUGGGUUUUAGAUGAGCCAAAGAGUAGACGUUUUUUGUGGGUUUUGAAGUGUUAAAAGUGUAUAAAAAUGGUAGGAUUUAUGCUAGGUGAUGAUGGCUAUCUUUUAACCUGCACAGUAAUCCAGAAGGGUUUUUGCUGCAUACAAAUGUAAUCUAUUUCUCGGGUGCUUUUUCUUCUGCUGUUUUUGUUAAUUCUAAUUGUACCAUUUUCUGUUAACUUUAUAUAGAAUUGUCGGAGUUCAUUUUAAA